UUAAAUUCACAUAUACCAUUUUUGGGUAUAUGCAAAAGCAUAUUAGGAACUCGAUAUAGUGAGCAAAUCGCGGCGUACCAGGAGAAAAGUGGUAGAUAAACAAUAGCAAAUAUGAAAUUACCUGAUUCUAGCUUCAGGGUUGUGUUUUUCAAAGUUAAUCAACCUGCUCUUCCUUGUAAUGAUUGUAUUACGUUCCCAUUAUCUGAGUUAAUGGGGCUGCCUGUAUUGUUACACCAUGAUAGCAACACAGCUAUUGUGAUUGACGAACAGUGCGGGUAACAUUGCGUGACAGAAAUGUAAACAAUAUUCAAAAUUGACUUUGACACUUCUUUUAACGAAUUAAGCGGGCACUCAAUGAAUAAAAAGAAUUAAAAAGUGAUUAAAACGCGAUAAAACCAUAAAAGUGUGUUGAAGGAAAUACCUCAUAGAAUUAACAUUAGGAAUCUUUAGUCUUCCCUGGUCAGCCCUUAAGUGAAGAAACAUGGAGGAAACAGGUGGUUUUCAUUUUCCUACAUUAACCAAUAUCCUAAAUGAACUUCAGGCUGAAUUUGAGGGAUACAAAUUUACAGUAUACAGAUGUGCGGCAAAAUUUGUUAAACUGCAGAAAAUUGUUUUCACCAAUAAUAUUCCGUAUAAGUUGGUGCUCGCUGUUAUGGAUCGUCAUGGAAUGCAUGAUGAUGUUAAUUUAAUGGUACCGCCAUUUCAAUUGACGUCUUUAAUACAUGAUAUUUUCUUUGCCUGCGAGAAAUUAGGACAUUUUACAAAAGUGUCCACAUAUUCCUUGGAGUCUGCAACUGCAAUUCUUUCGAAUCUUUUUUGGAAUAUAUUUGACCCACAUAGACGACAUUCUAUUUCUUUACUUGAAAUAAAGAUGACAUUCCUCUUACUCUGCAAGCUCUAUGCCUCCGAUCAGAUGGUUAUGGAGUUUUAUAGUCUUUUAAAAAAUUAUAAAACGAAAUGUGUUUCCAAACUUAAUUUUGAAUAUAUGUUAAGCAUUCUGGCCAAAAUAUUUGCAUAUCUUGGAGAAGGAGCUGCGUAUGGUGCACAGAAUAUUGCUUUGAUUUUGGAUCAGUGUUAUUCCAGGUGCCACAACCUGUCUGGACUGACGGACUAUCAAUUCCUUUGUUUGUGGACCACAACACAAACCCGAUUCCUUAUAUAUGCUAAUCUGAUUGCAUUAAUCAAGCGAAUUGAAGAUACGGAAAGACUAAUUCAUCUCAACACCUGUGCAUCGUGCUGUUUGGAUAAAAUUACAGGAAUUCGUUUCAAAUGCCAGACGUGUAAAGACUUAUCACUGUGUCUAAAAUGCUUUGCAACUGGUUAUACAAAUAAUAAGCACGGAAUCGGUCACCGCAUGUAUGAAGUUUUUACAGAAGAUAUACCACCAAAAAAAUUUUCAUACUAUUUGUCAAAAUUAUGUAGCGGAGUAUUUUGUGCGGCCAAAAAAUCGAGCGAGGAAAGCAAAGGGUUUGCGAAUGAAACAAUAACACAAAAUGACACUGAACUUGUUACGAUAGCCACAAACAGAUCAUCGAAUGCAUCUACAAUUAGCGUUAAGACAUCUCAUGCUAAACCGAUUUCCAUUGAGAAACCAGUUAUAGUAGCGAAGGACAAGGCAAAUAUUCAGAUAAAACAAAGUCCCAAGUCAGACGUCGAUGCUUCUAUAGCUUGUCUAACAACAACAGCAUCGACGGCUGUAAAUGUCUCUGAAAAGUUACAAAACAUAAUUGACAAACUUUUGCAUCAGAAUGAAAAACUCGAAGAUCAACUUAAAUGUAUAGAUACAUCAACAGCAGAUGAAAUCUCUGUGUUCUUAAGAAAACAUCAGCAAUUUUUGAAUGACAUUAUAAUGGAAAUGCGAAAUUUUUCGCAGAAUUCAUCGGCAAGCAUUGAAGCAUUUCCCCCCUCCAGUACACCAAAUCGCUGGGGCCAUCUUACCACAUCUCCUAAUAUCGACAAUGUAAGCGCUGUUGUGAAUGUAAAAUCGAUAUGCGGAACGAAUCUCCCUAUUAGCUACACUACUAAAGAUAAUUUAACUCAUUCCAUUAAUGGAGCCGAUCUAAAUCGCACUUACUUAGAUGCAAACAAAUCCGAUUACUCAAUCAAUGAUUUGAGUUCUUGGUUUAACCAGAGGCGCUUCUCAUCACUUCCACCAACUUCACUGAACUCGAAUCAGCAACCUCUAUCCGUACUAGCCGAAGUGCCGUCACAACACGAACUCACUUAUUACGGUGUUAAUCCACGUGAAACAGAAAUGGCGAACUUUAAGCUUUUAUUAAAUAAAGUUAAGGAAAUUGUUGAUGACUCCCACAGCGACAAUACGGAUUUAUCCGAAGCAACCCAAAACUUAGAGAACGUAUUGGACUCAAUUAUAAACACUGCUGAAUGUCGGAGAAAAAGUCUGAAUUGAGAUGUAAUUUGAACAGUAUUAUUAGGGCAAGAAAACUUACAAUGUAUUUAAUACUCCAAGUUGUAUGAAAUUAAACGUGCCUUUUAAAUUUGUUUUACCUACAUGAUUGAGAGUAUAGCGAACUUCCAGAUUUCCAAUAGCGAUGUUUAGCAUAGAAAUAUUAAAGCUAAAAUAAUUAGUUAAAUAAGGAUUGUCUACAUAUUUUCUAAAUAACAGUGUAAUGAGUAAAAUAAAAUCACACGAAGUAGUUAAA